CUGUGGAGGCGUCUGCGUGCGCCAUUUUUCCCGUCAUCCAUUGUUAUUUUUCCGAGUGUGCUAUUGAUUUUUGUAAAUUUAGAAGAACCUUAAACAAAAUCAAUAGAUAAAAUGUUUUUGAGCAAAGUUUGUAGUGCCUCAAUAUCGUAGCACCUGCUUUAGGAAAGUAAAAAUGUGAAGUUUUGUUAUUGUAAAUGAAUUUUUGAUCAAGAGAGUGAGAACAACGCCAAAAUGCAUCGACGAGGUGGGAAACGCAUCCGAAUGGAUGACCCACCUCCGGAGUACGUGAAUCCUAUGACUCCAGCUACUCCGGCGGCCGACUACGGGGCUCCGCCUGAACCCGAGCCGGUGGCACCCAUCAAUACCAUCACGAGAGGCGCCAACGCGGUGUCACCGUUUAGGACGCCGGAAGCGCUUCAGGAGGAGCCGGGAGAGACGCCGGAGGAGGAAGCGCGGUCGCCGUCCCCGGCACCGAGCAAGCGGAUCACGCGCAGUCGAGGCCGCGGCGGUGACGGCGGCUACGUGGGGCGGCUGGCCGAGUCGCCGCCGCCGCCGCCACUGCGGCGCCGCGGGCGAGGUGGGCGCGGGCGCGGACGUGGCCGCGGCGCCGCGCCGCCGCCGGCCUACUCGCCGCCGCCGGUGUUGCUGCCGGGCGACGAUGAGAACAGCCUCUACAACAUUCUACGCUUCAACAAAACUGCUAUUAACCAAGUGGUGGACAUGUGGAUAGAGGAGUACAAGAGCAACAGGGAGAGUGCUCUGGUGCAGCUCAUGCAGUUCUUUAUCAACUCCUCUGGAUGCCGUGGCAAGGUCACUCCCAACAUGGCACAGAUGGAUCACACCCUCAUCAUUAAGAAGAUGACGCAGGAGUUUGAUGAGGAAAGUGGCGAGUAUCCACUGAUCAUGACGGGGCAGACGUGGAAGAAGUUCCGCUCUAACUUCUGCGAGUUCAUCCAGACCCUGGUGAAGAUGUGCCAGUACUCCAUCAUCUAUGACCAGUACCUGAUGGACAAUAUCAUCUCUCUGCUCACCGGCCUGUCCGACUCACAAGUGCGGGCCUUCAGGCACACUGCCACACUGGCUGUGAUGAAGCUGAUGACGGCGCUGGUAGACGUGGCGCUGCUGACGAGCGUGAACUGCGACAACUGCCUGCGCCAGUACGAGGCGGAGCGGCUCAAGGCGCGCGACAAGCGCGCCAGCGAGCGCCUGGAAGUGCUGGUGGCGAAGCGCCAGGAGCUGGAGGAGAACAUGGAGGAGAUCAAGAACAUGCUGUCCUACAUGUUCAAGUCUGUCUUCGUACAUCGCUACAGGGACACACUGCCGGACAUCAGAGCAAUCACUAUGUCAGAGAUAGGCAACUGGAUGGAGAAGUUCCCUGCUCACUUCCUGGACGACCUCUACCUCAAAUACAUUGGUUGGACUCUGCAUGACAAGGUGGGUGAGGUGCGCCUGCGCUGCCUGCAAGCGCUGCAGCCGCUGUACGAGUGCGACGAGCUGAAGAGCAAGCUGGAGCUGUUCACGUCCAAGUUCAAGGACCGGAUAGUGUCCAUGUCGCUGGACAAGGAGACGGAAGUCGCCGUGCACGCCGUGCGACUCGUCAUCGCUAUACUGAAGAUGCACCCGGACGUGUUGACGGACAAGGACUGCGAGAACGUGUACGAGCUGGUGUACUCGUCGUGGCGCGGCGUGGCGGCGGCGGCCGGCGAGUUCCUCAACGUGCGCCUGUUCCGCUGCGACGACGCCGCCGCCCCGCCGCUGCGCUCGCGCCGCGGCAAGGAGCGCCUGCCCAACACGCCGCUCGUGCGCGACCUGGUGCAGUUCUUCAUCGAGUCUGAGCUCCACGAGCACGGCGCCUACCUGGUGGACUCGCUGAUCGAAUCCAACCCCAUGAUGAAGGACUGGGAGUGCAUGACGGACCUGCUGCUGGAGGAGGCCGGCCCGGGCGAGGAGGCGCUGGACAAUAGACAGGAGUCAUCACUCAUCGAGCUGAUGCUGUGCUGCGUGCGGCAGGCCAGCACGGGCGAGCCGCCGGUGGGCCGCGGCGCCUCGCGCAAACACCACCAGGUGCUGUCCAAGGAGCAGGCCAAGAUGGUGAGCGACGACCGUGCCAAGAUGACGACCCACUUCAUGGUGACGUUGCCGGCGCUGCUGGAGAAGUACGGCGCGGACGCCGAGAAGCUCACCAACCUGGUGGCCAUCCCGCAGUACUUCGACCUGGAGCUGUACACCACGCAACGCCAGGAGGGGAACUUGAACCUGCUGCUGGCGAUGAUCCGCGACAUCGUCCAGAAGCAGACGGAAGCCGAGGUGCUGGAGACGUGCGGGCGCACGCUGGAGUUCCUGUGCAGCGAGCAGCACGCCGUGUACACGCGCUGCAACGUGGCGCGCGCCACCGUCACCGACGCGUGCGUCAACCGCUACAAGGAGGCCAUCGACGAGUACCGCAGUCUCAUCGAGGGGGGCGAGACGCCGGACCAGGACGAGUCGUUCAAUGUGAUCAACUCGCUGCGCAAGGUGUCCAUCAUGUACAUGUGCCACAACCUCAACGACACCAACAUCUGGGACUCGCUGUUCGAGGACCUCCCCAAGUGCGUCAAGCAGAACGAGACGCAGAUGCCCACACAGGCUCUGGUGUACGUGGUGCGGUCGUGCUUCUACUCCGUGCUGUGGUCGCUGCACGAGCUGGAGGAGCGAGGCGCCGCCAGCGAGGAGGCGGUCAGCGCGCUGCGCGAGCGUCUGUACGCCUACACCGCGCACUGCCGGGAAAUCGUCGCCAACGGCGUCUCGUCCGACUUGCGGGAGGAGGCGUACACGAGCAUCUGCGAUCUGCUGAUCUUCUUCGCCGAGACGCCGGCGACAGCGGGCGGUGCGCGCCGGCUCUCGCUCGAGGCUGACGCGCCUCUCUGCGACCUGCUCAACGACUUCGUGCAGGAGUUCGUCUUCGUGCACCACAACUACGACGGUCAAGACGAGAGACGCAUCGAGGAGCUGCACAAGCGGCGCAACUUCCUGGCCGCCUACUGCAAGCUCAUCGUGUACAACGUGGCGCCGCUUCGCCGCGCUGCGGACGUCUUCAAGCACUACAUCAAGUGCUACAACGACUACGGCGACAUCAUCAAGGCGACGCUGAGCAAGGCGCGCGAGAUCAACAAGCUCAACUGCGCGCUCACCAUGCAGCUGGCCAUGCAGGCGCUGUUCACGGACCUGCUGCAGAAGCACCCCGCGCCGACGCGCCAGCUGCCGGAAUUUCUCGAGCUGAAGGAGCUGGCGAAGCGCUUCUCGGUGAUGUUCGGGCUGGACGCGGUGAAGAACCGCGAGGCGCUGACGGCGCUGCACCGCGCCGGCAUCACGUUCGCCGCGCUGGACGGCGCCAGCGCCGCCGCGCCGCCGCCCCACCUGCUGUUCCUGGAGCCGCUGGCCGAGUUCUCCGGCAAGCUGCUGAAGCAGGACAAGCGCACCGUGCUCAAGUUCGCGGAGUCGCGCUUCGCGGCGGUGCAGUGGGGCGAGGAGUGGGCGCCGCUGCUCGCCUACCGCCACUCGCUGCUGACGGACGCGCCCGAGGAGCGCCCGCCGCCCGCGCGCCGCCACUACACACGCCGCAACCGCGGACAGAACGAAGAGGAAGAAGGCGAAGACAACGCCGAGUCCGACUCCGAGCCGCCCGGGAUAUCCGCGUCCAGACGCCGCCGCACGUCCUCCUCGCGACGCUCCCGAUCCUCCCGCAAGAAGGCGCGCCCCUCCCCCAUUCCCUCCAAGACGCCGGCGCCCAGCCUCGCCUCCUCGCACAGGGACAAGUCUGAGUCAUGCACACAUGGAGUCAGGGACACGCCUGCGACGUCCUCAUCGCCUGAGAAACCUCCAAGCGACAAGUCUGCGGUGACCUCGUCAGCCACGAGUUCGACCGGCGGCGACGAGUCUGCGCCGUCCUCGCCACCUGAGAGACCUUCCAGCGCCAAGUCUGCGCUGACCUCGUCAGCCACGAGUUCACCCGGCGGCGGCGACGAGUCUGCGCCGUCCUCGCCACCUGAGAGACCUUCCAGCGACAAGUCUGCGCUGACCUCAUCAGUAAGGAGUUCGAUUGACGACAAGUCUGCGGCGCCGAGACGGCAACCCAUCAUACUUAAGUUUUUCAAAUCUAGGAAUGGGUUUUAGCGCAAUAGGUAGUUACCUACUUACAUAAUUGAUGUGGUUUCAAUGUACCUAUACCGAUGCUGUUUAUUUAGAUUUUGCACAUGUUUUACAUAUUGUAGGUCUGAAAAACAGCUCAAGUGCGAGACUCGCACACAAAAUUACCGUUCAAGGUAGGUAUUACUCUAGGCUUCUUUUCCGUGCCUUUCGGUUCAGAGAAAGUAGGUACGUAAAGAUAAGUACAAAGGGAAACAUUAAUUUCGAUGUUAUAAUAUUGAGUAAGAACUUAUUGAUUUUUUGU